AUGCUGCUGGUGUCUGUGUGCUGCUGCCUGCCCCCGCUCGCAGUGCAUUGCCAACAGUGCCGGAUCCAGCGCUGCAACGCCGACUAUGUGGCCGCCACGUCGCCGAGCCAUGCCUUGCCGGAGGAGACGCUGCCGGACGUGGAUUACUGCAUCGCCUUGCGGGCCUAUUCUGUGUGCACCCGCAAGACGGCCAAGUCCUGCCGCGGGGAUCUGGUGUAUCAUUCUGCCGUCUUCAGGAUAAAGGAACUCUUUGCCCAGUACAACUGCUCCAGCGAUGGGCCCACGUCCUCGGCCAAGGCCCCCGGCACGCCAGACCCUCUGCUCUCCGAGGUCUGCAACUACGAGAGCAGGUCUGGCUUUCAGCAGAGGUUUGCCCAUUGCGGCUUGUUUGGGGACCCUCACUUGCGGACAUUCAAGGACGAGUUCCAGACGUGCAAAGUGGAAGGAGCGUGGCCGCUAAUAGACAACCGGUACCUCUCGGUCCAGGUCACCAAUGUCCCCGUGGUUCUGGGAUCCAGCGCCACGGCCACCAGCAAGAUCACCCUGAUCUUUAAGAGCUACCAGGGCUGCACGGAGCAGAAGGUUUACCAAGCAACCACCGAGGACCUGCCCCUGGCGUUCAGUGACGGCACGAGGAACGGGGGGCAGCAGGAGGGAGCCGGCAGCCUGCGCAUCCUGGAGAAGCCGGACACGCACCAGGUGGAGAUCCAAGCCCACUACAUUGGCAGCACCAUCAUCAUCCGCCAGGUGGGCCGCUACCUCACCUUCGCCAUCCGCGUGCCCGAGGAGACCCUGAGCCUCGCCGAGGAGGGCAUCGGCCUCCAGCUUUGCCUGCACGGCUGCCCCAAGAGCGAGCUGAUCCAGGAGCACCGGCUGAGCCUGGGGAACGUCGGCCCGCUCUGGCCGGGCUCCCGCUGGGCCUACACGGUGGAAACGGCCACGGAGCAGUGCCGCCACAUCCUGCAGGUGGAGGAUGUGUAUUUUCAGUCCUGUGUCUUUGAUCUGCUCACCACAGGGGACCCUGAGUUCUCCAUGGCAGCCUACGGGGCCUUGGAAGACCUGAAGGCCUUGUACCCCAGCAGACUUAAGCUGCACACGGUCCCCAAGACUGUCAGCGUGGCCGGGAGUGCCCCGGGGCCCAGGCAGCCUCCUGCCACUCUGCUCGGUUGUGCUCUUGCCUUUCUAACGCUGCUCCGGUGGUGCUAACAGCGGCGGUCUGACUGCGGUGGGAUCUGGCAUGGGAAGAGAGCAUUGCCGGGCACUGGCCUUUCUUGAAGCAGAGCGGACAGGUCAAAGUCUCCUCCUCCCACAAAACCAGGCGCUGGGUCCAGCUGAUCCCCUGCUCCGGCCUUGGCAGAAGGUAAAGCGUGGGUUGCUUAGGCGUGCUGGUUUCCAGGCACCAACCACUACUGGUCUGUGGGCAUUUGGAGGGGACCUGUCCCACUACUUGUUUGGCAGAGGUGCCAGAUGCCAGCAGAGAGGCCUUCUCCAGGGGAAAGCUGAUGCCUGCCCAGAGCCUUGGCUGAGGGGCCAACAGAAGUGUCUGUUUGCCAACCAGGAGCGUCUCUGCAGGUGACUUGCACAGGCUUCUCUGCCACCCUCUGCCCGCCUUGCUCGCUCAGCCCAUGGCCGACUCCAUCCAGCGUGCAUCC